UUUGCUUCUAAAUAAAUAAUAAAGCUCUCACGCAGUUUCUUCUAUCUCUUCCUUGAGAGAGAAAAAUCAGAACUCUCUAAUUCUCGAUUCUUCUUCUUUUCUUCUAUAACAUUGAUCGAUCAAUACCUAAUUCCUUUGAGAGAGAAAUAUCAAAACUCUCUCUAUUUCGUUGAUGGUUACGCGGAUGUGUCUUGUUGAGGUUGAGAACUCUCCUAAGCCUGUAGCGUCGUGUGCCAUGCCUGCACUUCCAGGGAUGAAGAUUAAGACUGACACACCGAUAGCGAACAAGGCGAGGGAGGGAGUGAUGGAGUUUUUGUUGAUGAAUCAUCCUUUGGAUUGCCCUAUAUGUGACCAAGGAGGAGAGUGUGAUCUUCAGGAUCAGUCUAUGUUGGAGCCUUGACCUCAAAGCCAGAAACUGGGAGUUGAAAGCAACAGAAACUAUUGAUGAUGUUGGCUCCAUCAUCCGUGUUGAUAGUCGAGGUCCACAAGUGAUGCGUAUCAUUCCACGCCUUAAUGAGGUAUGUUAUGCUUUUGUUCAGAAAACACUAUUUUUUAUAAGUAUUUUACUAGAUGUUGAACUCGUGAAUGUUCUUACUCAGGAUAUAAACGAAGAAUGGAUAU